UUAAAGGGGCGUGGCCCGCCGAGAAGGAGGAGACAAGAUGGCGCCGUCCGUGGGGUGUCGGUGUCUGAGAUUGCUGUUCGGGAUCGCGCCGUGUCGGAGCAGCUUUCUUCACUGUGAAAAUACUGCCCUGAGCCAUUUCCUACAAUCCUUGAGGAAGCCGCCUCUCAGAGCCUUUAGCACAAAUGCCAGAAAAGUCCACACUGCCCCUGCUCGAACCUUGUUCCUGCUGCGCCCCCUGCCUGUUCUGUUUGUGACAGGCAGUGGGUAUGCAGGUUACCGACAGUAUGAGAAGUACAGGGAGCGAGAGCUGGAGAAGCUGGGAUUGGAGAUUCCACCCAAACUUGCUGGUCACUGGGAGCCGCGACCUCUAACCUGCGCCCUGUGAGCCGCCGACCGAACCAAGCCAGGGAAGCGGCCC